CAAGUCUUAUUUUUGUUCUUUUGAAGUGAAAAUUUAUUAGAAAAAAACUUUAAUUAAUCGUUUUAAUUAAUUAAACAAGUUUUUAAAAUUUGUUGCCAAUUUUUUUGCUAGAGGUAUAGAGUUGCAACUCUUGCCUUGAUGAAAACGAAAAAGCACCAUACAAAAAAACUUAAAUGUUGGAAAAGUAAAUAAAUUAAAUGAAGGCCCAUCACUCACAGCCCAAAACCACCAAAAUAACCAAAUAAAUAGAAGAAAUACAAAUAAAUGAAUAUAGAAUUAUAAACAUAAUUAACACUGCCAACACUCUCUACAAUAAAAAAAAAAACUUUGCAUUGGUGACUUUAAUACAGUCACCGAUCAUUGACAGCUAGAAAAUAUAAAAGCCUUAAGAAAGCUGGAUCUUAUAAUUAGCACAACUUUUAAAAUUUUCAAAAUAAUACCCGUAAAAGCAACGACUACGACAAAAACAGCAACAAAAUGUUGUACGUUUUUCAUGUCGACGUGGGUCGUAUGUUAAAUUUUGAUAUGACAGUAGCACUGUCCUCUGUCGAAAAUCUCAAGGAUACAAUAGAACGUCUGCAUAAUAUACCGGCCUCGAAUAUUGUGCUUUUAGUAAGCGGUGGCGAGAUGUUAACACACACCACUCAAGUCUCGUAUUAUUCUGCCGGCACCGAUACAAAUCCCAUUUAUAUGUUCUUAACGGGAGAUGUUAAAUUGCCACCAUCACUGGCGCCACCAGAAGCUGAUUUGGAUUUAAGGGAACAGGUGGAACGAAGCUUAGAGCUGCCGGCCGUUUAUGAUACGGUGGUGAAGAGAGCACAAAUUGCUUUACGCAUGCAUGAUUUAGCUCGAGAAGAGGAUCGUUUGUGUGAGCGUUUGGUACAUGAACAGCAUCUACAACAGCAGGGUUGGUCGGCGGUGGUGGCUAAUAUGGAGGAUUUGACCGAAGAGUUUCGUUCUCGCUUUCGAAAUUUCUGUGAGGCUUUCGACAGACACUUGGAGCGACGUUCUUCUUUUUUGGAACUCUUACGCAACUUCUCCGAUGACUUGUCCAAACUCUCUCGCAUACCCAUAUUGCCCGGUCUGAUGUCAUUAGCCGAGGCGGAUUUUCAUGGUUUUGACGAGUUCUUAGAGAACGAUGAUGUCUUCUCCAGAUCAACAACUCAACAACAAUCGGUAUUAAUGGCUGGUGCUAAUGCGGCCGUGGCAAAUGAGGAAGGCAGCGGAGAGGCUGUAGGUGCUGUAGGAGUAUCAGAAGUUGCCGAUAAUUCGGAAGAUAAAAGCACUUCCUCUACUUCUACUUCUCCCAAUAAAAAACUGAAAAUGGCCACUGAAACGAACGAGGAACGAACCUCACAAACCUCCCAAACUUCUAACACAUCAAAUACAGCGCGCAGAUUAAAUUUGCUGCAGUGGAUAACUUCUAAAGAGAACCACAAUGUUCUUAGAACCAUGUCAGACGAAUGCAUCCAAGGCCUGGCCACUUUCAAUGAGGAUGUCUACGAAAAGUUAAAGCAAGAAGUACAAAGUAUUAUAAAAUUGGCCGAACAAAGUGACGUCAAGGAGAUAAGAGGUUUGGGAGAACGCCUUUGUAAACUCGAAGAGUUCAAGUACAAAAUCAAGAGCAUGGUCAAAGAUCAGCGAGAACUCUCGACCGCCUUUCAACAAAAUCAAAAUAGGGCCAUAAAUCUAAGAGAUACUUCAAUAUUGCCCGAUCUAUGUGCCUCGCAUCAGUCACAGUUGCUGGUGAUGUUGCAGAACCACAAAAAGAUACGUGAACACAGGCACUGUAUAGCAAAAGCCAAGGAUGAAUUGGGUGCUAAUCUGCAUGCCCGUCUUAAACGUAUUGUGUAUAUAGAAAAUGCCAUGAGCGAGUUUGAUAAUCGUUUACUGUUCUAUCAUCGAUGUUUGAGACGAGCCGAACGCCACAUACACAUUAUAGAUCAAAUACAUCAGGCCCCUAAUAUGUAUGUGGCCGCUGUGACCGAGGUAAUGCGUCGUAAGAUCUUCUCCACGGAAUUCCGUUUGUGGGCCUCUAAACUAGCGGAAGAUUUUGAUUCCAUACACAGUGAGGAAAUGAAACGACGCCAGCAGUUUAACUGCAGUUUCGAAGGACAUUUUUUGAAUAUACUAUUCCCCGGCAUGGCCGAUAUGCCACCAGCUUUCGCCAAUGAAAAUCCCCUCAUAUUUGAUGCCCGUUUGCCCAACAUUACUAGAUCUGAUAUAGAUGUGUUGACAUCACACUUGCCCGAAAUGGCCUCGCAAAUACAGCUGCCUGACAUGGAACCUGUGAUAUAUUUUUUCGUCUCCCGUUCAGGCACUCAUCAGCGAGAACGUUUCGAAGAAUUGCUUAAGCAAAAACAAAAACGAGCAGCCGAAGAGUUAAAGCAAAAUUCCGGAGAAGAUGAACAAUCAACGGCCAUGGUAGUAAGCGGAAAAAUGCCUUUAAAUCCUAGAUUAAGUGAGCUACGCAAAGACGCUUCUGGCAUGACGGGCGGUGAAGAGUCCGAAACAGAUACGGAAACCGAAUUUGAACAAGUUCCCCCAAAUAGCCAGCAACAAUCGGUAGCAACAUCGACCAGUGAAAAUAUGCAGCAUAUUUCUACAUUCACCAAAAGUACGGCUACGGAUCAGUUGAUCACCCAAAGUGUGGAGACUUUGACGGAUGAAAAUUCGGAAACACUUCGAAAUGAGGUGACUCACAUGCGUGCUAUGCUGGGUGCCAUGUCGAAAUUGGCCUUGGAAUGUAUACAUCUGGCGCGUGGCAAUUUGCAAACAUUCCGUGAGGAAUCUAUCAAUCAAAAGGAAGAUAUGCAAACGGAACUAGAUACUAUCAAUGACAAAUGGAAUGUUUUGAGAAUGCAAUGUGAGGCCAGAGAGCAAGAACUCAGCCGUCAACAGGCGCAAAGAGAGCAGCAAAUCUUACAGCUAAGAGAAGAAUUAGAUAAACGAGAUCAAGAGUUAAAACAAGAAAAAGAUUUGAAUCGUGAAAUGUCAACCAUGCAAAUAAAAUGCGCCACUUUGGAGGCCCAGUUGGAAGAGUUGAAAGAAAAAAUGAAAUGUCAUGAGGCGGAGAAAGAACAGGCCGUUUUAGAGGCCCGUGAAAAACUCAUACACGAACACAAAACUGAAAUAGAGUCUUUAAGACAACGCUUUAAGCUAAUGACUUCCAUGGAACGUUCACCAUCGGAUCUAAGCUUAGAAACAAAUCCGGAUAAUGUAAUUGAAAAGCAUAUGCACGACACUAUAUUGUCUCAAUUGCGCAGCGAAUUGGAAGCCGAAAAAGAAAAGGCUAUUACAGCCGCCAUAGAAAUGGAACGCUCCAUAUGGCAAUCGAAAAUAUUCCCAUUAAACUCAGAAUCUGUGAUGGCAAAUGUUAGUAUCCUUAAGGAAAUGCUCGAGGAGAAGGAAAGGCAAUUGGAACAAUUGCGUGAAAAGGAUCUCAUGUUAACGAAAGAAAAUUAUCAAUUAAAAACGCGCUUGGAUGCGCUCACCAAUGAAGAGGGCAAUAGUUGGUUGAAAGAGAAAAUCGAUUAUCUAAAUAGAGACAAAUGUCGUUUGGAAGAGGAACUAUGUUUGGAAAAGUCUAAACGUCUAGAAAUGGAAAGUUCAUUUGCAGCUCUUAAAGGCUCUACUUAUGAACAAUCGCCCCUGACACGCUCUAAAUCCAGUGGCUCUAGUCAUAAAUUAAUUGUUUUGGAGUCCUGUUCUAAGGGUGAUUUAGUGUUGGUCGUAUGGAGCAUGCGUCACGGACAAUUUAUGGUCGUCCAAGAUUCGCCUAGUUUAUAUUUUGUUCAUGGUGAUAGUUUGCCUGCUAUGAAUUUGCGUUUGCCCCAUGCCGGUGAGGAGUCUACCAUACCAAUGCCUUAUUAUGCCAUUGGACGGGUGGUAGAAAAGGAAUAUUGUCAAGCUAGAAAGGAUGAAAACCGUUACCGUGUUACAAGAGGCUCGAAAUUCUAUCGCAUCAAAUUGACCCCUUUGGUCUCUAGACAGUCCUCCCGACGUGAACGUUUAGAAUCUUUUUCAACUUCAACUAUAAGUCGUUCUAUAUCGCAAUGUGAGUCUCAUAGCGAAGCGUCGCAAGCUUCCUCCACCACUAAUGCCGCCGCUACUGCAGCAGUAACUAGUACUAGUACUGCCAUGGGCACUUCACCAUCUUUAAGUGCCAUAACCACUACAUCGUCCGGCAUUGGUAGUCUGCCCAGAGAUGUAGUAGAUGCCGCUGUUGCAAACACAACUACAAUACCACUGGCCACAUCACCCAUUACCAUUAUAACAACAACAGCUAAUAAUCAGUCCACAGCUGUUACGCCGGCGGCUAUGUUAGCGUUUAAAGAACGCACUAUGAGCAUAACCAGUGUUACGGAGGAGGAUGAUGAACCAGUGUCACUGUUAAGUGAACGUUGUCGCUAUAUUAGUGUCAGCGAAGAAGAUGAAAAUGUUUUAGCAGCCUCGGCCUCAAGUGGUGGCGGUGUGGUGGAGGUUACUAAUACUAAUUUACAAACACAACAACAACCACAACAACAAACGACUGUGAUAACAGAGCAGCCAACAGCUACAGCCAGCAAAUUGGAAUUAGAUUUAAUGUUGGCCUCUGCCGAUAUACAAAAUAAUGUAACAACAACAACAACAGCUGCAGCAGCAACCACAACUUUAACCACACAAGAGGAUAGUGAAACUUUUGUUAGCACCACCACCAGCACUAGCUUAAUGUUGUCCAGUGGUGCACCACAAAUUGUAGUCUCCUCCUCUACAGCCUCUACCACAAACACCUCUGCAGCUAUAUUUAUACCCCCUUGUAAUCAAGAAAUAACCGAUAAAAGUUCACCCUCCAUACCAACCUCUAUUGGUACGACCAGUGAAGAUUCGGAUGAGUAUAGAUCUUUGGAACCUAAAGACGAUACUGAUUUUCCCAUAUCCGAAUAGUGUUGAAAUCAAUUUUAUUUAAUUAUAAUUAAUACUAAUUGUAGACCAUUUAGGAAUGGGUAAAACAUUACUUUACAUUUUUUUGUUUCUUUUUUUAAUUUAAUCAUUUUUAUUUUUCUUUUUUUGGUUUUAUAUUUUAUGAAAAAGAAUACUAUUAUUAAUAUAAUUAUUACUAUCCCUUUGUCAAACUAUUAUUAACUAAGCUUGACCAAAAGUAACCACAAACAAAACAAAAACAAAAAAAUCAGUUAAAAUUAUCUUAAGCUAAUAAAUAUUUAAAAAAUAUAUAAAACAUACGUCUCUUUGGAACGAAACAACAAAUUCUACAAAUGAAAAUAAAAAAACUUACUCUCUCACUCUCUCUCUCUCACUUUAAAUGUUGUGCUGCUAAUCCUUCAAUGUUUUUAAUGUAAAACAAAAACUUACAAUAAAACCAUAAACAAAUUAAAAGAAUAAAAA